AUGCAACUUUUAUUAGUCAAUCUCAAUAAUUAAUAACAGUAUUAAAAAGAUAUUCAAAAUUUGAAUGGUAUAGCAGUCAUUUCUUAAAAUGAAAUUUUAGUAGCCUUGGCUAAUAAAUAUUAUACAAUUUAUUUAUGGAAUUAUGAGAAAUCAAUUACUACAGAAAUUACUUUGUUUCAAAAACAAUCAAUUCAAAAUUUAUAAUUUAUAAAUGAUGACAAUGAAUUGGUUUGUUGUUAAAAAGAAACAAUUUGUAUCUUUUCUGUUUAAAAAGAUUUUCAAUUAAAAUUAAAGAAUAUUUGGUAGAUAGAAAGUUGUUAAAAUUAUACUUUCUGUCCUAAGCAUUUAUCGGUUUUAUGUUAUAAUAAUAGUUGGAAGCAAGAUAUUUGGUGUGGAUAUAAAAGAAUCAGCUUUUUGAAUCCUGGAUAAAGUAUGAUUUUAAUAGAUGAACAAUAGAAACCAUUAAAAUUUUCAUCAAAUUAAGAUGGAAAUUAUAUUGUAUAAUUAAAUUAAUAAGGUUUUAUCAUAUGGGACUGGAAAAACGAAAAAUAAAUAUUAAAUAGUGAUCAAUGGUCUGGAAAUAAUGCUAUGCUUAUAGAUUUAAAGAUAUUGGUAAUAGCAAAUGAAGAGGAAAUCAAUAUUUUAGAUAUUAAAGAAUUGCAUAAUAUUAAAUUACUCUCAUCGCUUUCUUUCGAUUAACCUAUCCAAAAUAUUUCAUUUGCUUCAAAUUAGGAAUAUUUUGUUUGUGGAUUUGAUACAAAAAUAAAGUUGUGGAAACUUUUAAAGGAUGGAUAAUGUUAAUAAGUAGCUGUUUAUGAUAUAAAAUAUAAUGGCAAAACAAAUCCUGUUAUUUCACCAAAUGGAAAAUUUAUAGUUUACAAAGCAUAAGAAUCAUAUUAAAUAAUUAGGAUUAAAUAAUUACAUACAUUAGAGUUAAACGAUCAAAGUGUAUUUGGCCUUGUAUAUUCAUCAGAUUUCUAAAAUUUAAUUACACUUAUAAAUGGACAUCCUAUAUUGUUAACUCCUACUUUGGAAAUUAUAGAGAGCUAAUUAGAAGGAGUUAUAAAAGAUAAUGAAGCCAAAUCAAUUGUAUCAGCUUCUGUGGAUUCAAUAUUUGCUAUUUUAUAUGAUGCUUUCAUUUUAAUAGUUAAAAUUAUAGAUUAAAAGAAAUUAAUUGUGAUUAGGUAGAUAUCAUCAGAAGGUUUCAGAGAUUGUAUUACUAUCAGUAUCAAUCAUUUUGGAACUCAAUUAAUUGUUGGCAACCCAUCUGGAUCAAUUUAUUUUUUGGAUUUAACAGAUUCUAAUGAUGAAGAGUUAAAUAAAUUUGAACAACAUUUGAAAAUAGAAAAUUAAAAUGAUUAAGUUAAUUGGUUUGCUUUCAGUCUUAAUGGAACUGAUAUUGCAGCUGCAAUUUAUGAUGGAUCUAUAAAUUUAUAUUCAGUUGAAUAAAUUGAGAAUGAUUAAAAUAUAAAACAUAAUGAAGAAAAUUAAGAAUAAUAAAAUUAAUUAUCUGAAAGUAUAAAAAAAGAAUUCAGACUAAUUUGUUAUAAAUCGUUUUCCAGACAAUCUUUAUUAUUAGCCAAUUAAUGCAUGGUAAAAGAUUCAAAAAUCACUUAAAAUGGUAAAUCAAUCAUUUAGCUAUUCAGAUAAAAAGGAGCAAGAGAAUGA